AACGUGCUCUUGUCAGAGGACACUGAAAAGCCUGCUUCUCCUGAGGAGGCCUUGAUGCUGAUGGACAGAAACAUGGAUGUUUUGGAAGUGGCCAUCAAAGAAGCAGCCAGUCAGGGUGCCCACAUCAUUGUGACUCCUGAAGAUGGCAUUUAUGGCUGGGUGUUCACAAGGGAGACGGUAUACCCUUAUCUUGAAGAUAUUCCAGACCCACAGGUGGACUGGAUUCCAUGUGCUGAUCCUGAAAGAUUUGCUCCUUCACCAGUGCAGAAAAGACUGAGCUGCCUGGCAAGGAAUAACUCCAUCUAUGUGGUUGCAAAUAUGGGAGACAAGAAGCCAUGUAAUUCCAGUGACCCAAGGUGCCCAGCUGAUGGUCAUUACCAGUACAAUACCAACGUUGUCUUUGAUUCAGAAGGGAAACUGGUGGCUCGUUAUCACAAGUAUAACCUUUUUGUGACGGAGAAACAGUUUAAUUAUCCCAAGAAUCCAGAAUUUGUGACUUUCAAUACAUCCUUUGGAUAUUUCGGCAUUUUUACUUGUGCAGACAUACUCUUUCAUGACCCAGCUGUGGUCCUGGCAAGCAGAUUUCAGGUUGACACAAUUCUGUUCCCAACUGCUUGGGUUAAUACUCUUCCACUUUUGUCGGCGGUCCAGUUUCACUCAGCAUGGGCUAUGGGAAUGGGCAUCAACUUUCUUUCAGCAAAUACACGCAACUCCACUUUAGAUAUGACAGGGAGUGGUAUUUAUGCCCCAGAUGGUCCAAGAACAUAUUAUUAUAAUACCGAAACAGAAAAUGGUCACCUUCUUGUGACAGAGCUGAGUUCACAUCCACGUUUGUCUCCUGGCUAUCCUCCUGCUGUUAACUGGAAGUUGUAUGCCAGCAGUAUCAAAUGGCUUCCAUCAAAUGACCACUAUUUCAGUGGAGUCGUUUAUCAUGAUCUUUUCUCCUUCACUGAACUCACUGAACCUGAGGGAAAUCGUGCUAUUUGCCAGAAGGACCUCUGUUGCCACCUGAGUUACAAGAUGACAGAGAAGCAGAAAGAUGACAUUUAUGUUCUGGGUGCCUUUGAUGGGCUACAUGUUGUUGAAGGAGAGUAUUAUCUGCAGGUAUGCACGCUGCUCAAGUGUAGGAGCACAGACCCGAGCACAUGUGGGCAGCCGGUGGAGACUGCGCAGACCAAGUUUGACAUGUUCUCCCUCAGCGGCACGUUUGGCACUAACUACGUCUUUCCAGAGGUCUUGUACAGCGGGGUGCAGCUGGCCCCUGGGGAAUUUGAGGUACUAAGUGAUGGGCGUGUGAUAAGCCGGACUGGUACAUCUGAGCCAGUUUUGAGUAUAACACUCUUCGGGAGAUGGUAUGAAAAGGACCCUCCACACACAGAACAAGCUUCACCAUGAUUUCACUGCAGAUGCUUUAGGAUCU